AUGUUCCCGUCGUGGUCGCUUCUCGUCGCGAGCCUGCUGAAUCUGGCGGCGGCCAUUCCGUCGGAGCUGCAAAACGUGCUGAAGAACACUCAUGGCGGGAGUGAAUAUGGUGAUUAUUGGAGAGACAUACCCUUCUAUACCGGCCUCUCCAGAGGAUGCGUCUCCACCGAAGCCGAUGUGUGGCUGUACAAUGGUACCCUCUACGUCGGACACGAUGAGUCGUCCUUGACUGAAGAACGGACCUUUGAGUCUCUCUACGUGAGGCCCAUGCUGGAAGUCCUUGAACGCCAAAACCCCCAAACCCCCUUUGUGACGUCGCCCACGAACAAUGGUGUCUUUGACACGGAUACUUCUCAGACGAUGUACUUCUUUGUUGAUUUGAAAACGUCGGGACCGAAGACCCUCGAGGCCGUGACUGCUGCGCUGCAGCCCCUUCGCGAAAAGGGAUACCUCACGGCGUUAAAGAGCAACAAGACCAUUGCACAUGGACCCAUCACCGUGAUUGGUACAGGGAACACCCCAUUGAAUCUCAUCGGACCGGUUGCAGACCGGGAUAUCUUUUUCGAUGCGCCCCUGGAUGCGCUGGAUCAACCGCAGUAUGCGGGUGUCACGUCUCUAAUCUCCCCCAUCGCAUCGACAAGCUUUAAUCGGGCGGUCGGGGCACUCAAUUCGAGCGACGACAAUGCGAUCCUGAGCGAGGACCAGCUGGAUAGUCUGCGGUCGCAGAUCCGGACGGCCAAAAUACGAGGAAUCGGGGCGCGGUACUGGGAGACCCCUUACUAUCCGAUCUGGGCUCGCAAUGCGGUCUGGAGGACGCUUCUUCAGGAGGGGGUGGCGCUGUUGAAUGCGGAUGAUCUGGAUGCGGUUUCUGAAUACUUCUGA